AUCAAUCUUCAGCUGGCUACCGCUCUGGAAGCUCUGGAGGCUCUGGGGAAGAACCUUGAGCGUGUGGAGCAGGAGCCGACGGAGGCGUCCAAUGGCAAUCUGGAGGAGCAAGUCCGCGAGCUCACGGAUUACAAUUUGCGGGUCAAAAACCUUAAUACUCAGCGUCGUCUCAUCCUAGACCAGUUGCAGGGGAAAGAAACUGGCGAACUCCUGAUCAUCACAGAUCUCGAUGCGGGCGUUAAAAAAAUCAAUCAACGUAUGGAUGUGAGGACGUGCUUCAUUUGCCUGUUGCCCUCGACGCACAAUGGAAUACAUCGCCUGGUCUCGCUCCGUUGUGGCCAUUUGUUUGGGAGCAGCUGCAUUCACAUGGCCAUUCGACGGUACCAUCGCUGCCCAAUCUGCAUGCGUAGUUUUUCGUCCCAUUAAUUCGAAUCUUCCAAUUUUUGCGUUUUCAUUGAAGUUUUAAUAUGUAACAUCAUGGUUGAUGUUCAUUCAAAAUUCAAGUAAACAUAAAACACCUUUUCUGAGAAAAAACUAUAUUUCUUAAAAAAAGAAAAUCGUUUAAAUUAUUAGUAAUUGCUACUAGC